AUGAAGGCUAUAUUGAUAUUAUUAGUUGGUUUAGCCUGUAUAUCAUAUUCAUCACCGAUUCCAAGAAGAGAACUGAUUGAAAUUAUAGUUACACCUCAAGAUUUAAAAAAUGCCGCUGAGUACGCUGUGGUUAAAAUUCCUGAAUUAAAGGAUAAUUUUAAAACAUUGGUUAAACAAAAGUUAUUGAAUAGAAUUAUAUCUAAAGAUUUUCAACAAUUGAUUACAGAAGUUGAUCCAAUAACUGGUAAAGUAUCAUUGUCAAGACUGCCAAUGCCGCAACAAUCUCAACAGCCGCUAACAAUUUCAAAUGGUGGUGGUGGUGGUGCAACUCUGGAAAAAAGCGCUGGUAAUGUUCCUUCUCAAGAUAUUCGAAUCCAAUUACCUAAAGAUCCAGGUUUAGUUACUACUAUUUUAAAAGGUGUUGAAGAAGCUGAUGAUAAUACAACUAUGGGGUCAAAAGAUACAUUUGAAACUGAUUGUACUGAUGAUGAAUCUGCUGGUGAAGAAAAUGAACAUGUGGGAUAUAACCGUCCUUAUAAAACCAAGACCAAUCAUAAAGAUAUGGGAAUCAAAGGAGGUAAGCUAGAUCCACCUGAUCCAUUUGAUGAUAAUGAAGAUGAAGAUUAG